CGUGUGAUCUCGCGCGUGUCGAAGCCGGGAGGCGUGUAUGUAUGUUGCCCUGCUGGAAGUUCGAUCGACGAGAGGACAGCCGGGAGAGAAAUCGUCCGGAGGGAUGCUUUGAAAUACGGUCAGAGUGGUUUCAUUCAAGGGUGAAAGGCCAUCCGAGCAGAUCCCAGGCAUGUCCAAGUAUUGGCUGAACGUGGCCCUCCUCAGGGUUGUGCUACCGCUUGUUUUCACAGGAUGUACAAUAUGGCGACCUGUAGGAUUGUCCCUAGUUUACUUGGCUCUGAUGCUAUACUCGCCGCACGUGCCCGUACCAGACGCAAAAACAAUGGCUGGCCAUACAGGCCACUAUUUGAAAACGUGCAUCGGCCUGUCUUUUCUCACAGCAACCAGCCAGCUCACUUUUCACAUAGUUCUAUUAGCUCUGCCUACUUAUGGACACUUCCUUCACAAUUGCGAAUCGAUGGAAAUGAUCUUCAGACACAUAGGUUUUGUAAGAUUAGACGAAGCUUCCGGCUGGGAGAUCUUCUUCUGGCUGACGCCGGAAUUGAUUGUCCUACCUAUCAGCGUGGCAGUGUACUUUCUGUGCCGAUUUCUGUCACAAAAGAGCGUCGUCGAUGAGGAGGAAGAUCCGUCGUUGCAUCAAAACGCCGAGGCACCGAAAAAGAACGCGGACGGGACUGCCAAGAUCAUCAAUUUCCUCGGACGAAUCGGCACCUAUGUGGUCCUCGCGUCGCUCUGCAUCACGGCGUCCCUGAAACCAUCGAUAGAGGGUGGUUUCUACUUCCUCGUCUUUCUGGGUGCCGCAACUUGGUGGGCGUGCAAUAAAGAGCUCCGAAAGGGUUUCGCUGUAUUAUGCAGGAUCGUGAUGGCCGUCGUGAUCCUUCAUAUCCUGGCCCUGCUCACCUAUCAGAAUCAAGUGCCCCAGCAGUUGAUACCCGUGAACAGCACUUGGCAGCGAUACUUCGCAUUGACGCCUGUCUAUCGGACGAACUGCACCGAUCCAAGAGACGUCAAGUACGCGGACAAUGCCGAUUGGUUAAUUUACGGCUAUUGCUUGAGGCUGUUCUGGCUCUAUUACGUCUUGGCGUUGCAGUCACGGUUCCUGAGCGAAAAGCCGGCGAAGGAAGUGAAACGUCUGAGCGGCAAGCUGGAGAAUCUGGACACGCCGUUGUCCAGGCACGUUUCCAUCAGACGAAGGACACCAUCUCAGAGAUGGCAGUCGGCGCGGCGGAAGGCUCGCAAGCCGAUCGUUAAUUCGUCGUUCCCACCUGUCGACGAGCGCACACCCCUGAUGCGAUUUGGGUCCGGGAGAACGGGGCUACUGCAAGAUUCAACCGGAAGUGUCAUCGUCCAGGAUGGUCAUCAGGACGAUAACAUUCAGAUGCAAAGUCUCAGUGAAGGUUCGUCGAAAUACACACAUAUAGCUGCUCCGGACGAGCAAUCCGGAAUCAUCGAGCACAUCAUUAUGGCUGUAUACUCCAUCUUUCAGCUGAUAAUCAACUCGUCCUACCUCGCUACGAAUAUCAUAAUGAUGACGUGGAGUAUAAUGUAUCACAGUUGGACAACGUUCGCGCUGUUGUUGUGGGCCUUGGUUCUCUGGAUGGUGCCCAACAAACGUGUCUCCAUGAUGAAGUGUUCACCUUUCAUCGUUACCUACGCGAUGCUCUUGCUUCUCGUUCAAUACAUCUAUAGUAUGGAUCUGACGGAAGAAGAACUGCCGACGAAGAUAAACGGGAUAAGCGUGUCGGAGAUUGGCUUCAUCAAGGCUGACCAACUUAGUCGGUGGCAUCUGGUCGUCAAAUGUCUGUUCAUAUCGAUGUUCUGGAUCACUCUGAGGCAAUACACAGCCGAGAGAACUCGACAGAGACGUUCUUCAGCGUUGAGAGACAUGGUAGCGCCGUUGCACGUCUCUGUCUCGACAGCUACCACGGCGAUGAACCACGAAGCGCCAGAAAUCAAAAGCAAAUUCAUGAAGGACGUUGGCAUAGUCUUGAAGAAAUUGUUGACCAAGUUCUGGAUCGCUGUGGUCGCCAUUAUGCUGUUCGUCUCUGGCAUCACUGGCGAACGUAUGACCGUAUUCAGGAUCAUUUACAUGUCCCUCUUCUUGGUUCUAGUCAUCACUUUCCAGAUAUCCUGGACAGUGUGGAGGAAGAUGAUGUACUCGUUCUGGAUCACAGUCAUCGGUUACUCCGUGAUCAUGCUGAUCCUCGUCUACACUUAUCAAUUCCACAAUUUCCCGAAAUAUUGGAACUACCUCCAUAUUGACGAAGACUUGCAGAAAGAUAUCGGCUUAGAGAAAUACGAGACCAAGGACUUGUUUGUUAGACUACUCACGCCGACGUUCUUCGUGAUUAUCACUGUCCUGCAGAUUCAUUACUUCCACAAAGACUUCUUGGAGGUGACCGAUAUCGAGAAAUUCGGACCGGAAGAGAUUCCCCGAGUCGAACGACCGAGCCUUGGACACUCGCCGAUUUUAGCCAUGCCAACGUUAUCGCCAGGAGAAGUCUUUCUCGUUGAGGAAGAUAAAACAUCUGUAUAUUCUCUAAGACAGUUAAAACAAAUGUCGAAGUUGAAACGACUGGCGUUGUUUCACAAGUUGGUAGAACACGUGUGGAACUUUUAUAACUACACGUGGUUGUUCCUUGAAAUUCACAUGCAGAAGAUCAUUUUCGUUUCCGUGAUGAUUUUUUGUGUAAACGACGUCUGCGCUAUUAAUUUCGUGUUCGUCUUGAUAACAGUCAUCAUAAUCAAUUCUCGAAGUAACAUUCAAAUAUGCACGGCGAACACGAUCGCCGCUGUAAUUGCUCUCCUGAUGGUCGUGAAAAUGCUGUAUCAAAUACAGUAUAUCGAUCACAAUAAUUGGAACGUUAAUUGCACGAGAGUAUCGCCUGAGAAUCAAACUCAGUACGGCAGCAAUAACACGAUGUACAACAUCGCGGAAUGGUUUGGAAUAAAGAAAGCAGAGCCGGGACAAUUGGCAGAGUUGUUGAAAGGUUACAUAGGGAUCCUGGUGGUCACCACUCUUAGGAAAAUCAUCAGAAUUCGACAGUGUUUCCAUAGGAAAGUACACAGCGAACCUCUGGACACUCCUCAAAUCAUGUUCCCUUCGAUCACCAGAGAAGAUGCGGACAAGGGCGUGCCACAGUGCUUGAAGUUCCUCUUCAACUACGGUUUCUAUAAGUUUGGCGUGGAAGUCUGCCUGGUAGGAAUCGUGGCACUCAUUGGAACCAGAUUGGAUUUCUAUUCGGUUCUUUAUAGCAUAUGGCUUCUGCUGUUCUUCCCUUUGAAGAGGAAAACCGUAUCGAAAAUUUGGCCAUUCUUCAAGAUCUUUGCUAUAACUUUGAUACCUGUCCAGUACUCGUUCGUCGUGGCUCCCCCAACUUGGUUCUGCAUAGAGUAUCCGUGGAGCGAAUCGAAAACUCUGAGGGGAUUGCAAGAAUGGAUGUACUUGCCUGAUCCUGAUUUCCCGCCGAAUGCCAGGAAAUUAAUGUGUGAUUUUAUUCUGCUGAUGAUGAUCGUCAGACAAAGUCUCGUUUUCCAAAUCGAAGAACGGAGCACGGCAAGUGGCAGGGAAUUUCCAGCUGGUCACAAUUAUUCCGUUUACCAGAACAUGGAGAAGCCAAACUUCGUGAACCCCGUGAAGGAUUACGUGUCCCAUAUUCACUCUUGGCUGGACAUAGUGAAACGAGGCGUAUUAAUAAGUCUCAUGUGGAUUACUUUGUCGAUCAUGUUUCUGGCUGGAACGGAGAGAACCAAUCUGUUCUCGUUGGGCUACUUAAUCGGCGCGUUUGUGUUUCUCUGGCAAGGAAGCGAUUUUUACUUGAGACCAGUGAAGACGAUCUUGAGAUGGUGGAAUUUUCUCAUCGGUUACAACGUAACUGUCAUAUUCUUCAAGGCGUUGCUUCAAGGUGUAGGUUGCGUGCUGAUAGAUCAGCUGCAACUGUUAACGUGUCCACUGAUUCAGCUAUUCGGCAUAACUUGCCUGAGAAAGUUUCGAAGCGCGGUGGGUGACAUAACUCUGGAAAAAUUUGACUGCGAAGUGCCGCAGGAAGAUAUCGGCAUGGUUUGGGACGGUCUGUGCUUCGGCUUCUUGUUAUUCCAGAAACGACUGUUCAAGAGCUACUAUUUCUUCCACAUAGUGGACGAAACGAAAGCCAUGAGUAUCUUAGCGUCCAGAGGCGCGGAAUUAUUGGAGGAACUGCAUCAGAAACGCAUCGAGGUUCAGGAGAGCGUCGAGAAGAACGUACUGCAGAAGCUGAAAUUCAAGAUGGACAAGAUCAAAGCUAACCAGAGGAAGAUACAAGGACCUAGCUACAGAGAGCCGCAAAUUCACGCAGUCGAUACUCUGUAUCCAGGGACACGGCCGUUGUACAGAGUUCGCGCGCCAAAGACCAACAGAGAGGCCAUCAGAUCAGGCGACUACUACAUGUUCGACGACUUGGACGACGACGACGUGACUGAUUUGAUCCCGGAUACCGAGUCCGAGAAGCAAGAAGCGGAGAAACGCCGCGAGGUUGAGAAACGCGGCAGAAGAAUGACCAUCUCCGAGUUGAUGAACACGCUGCUUAAGACAGACAUUGAGAUCGCGACACACGUCGCCAUGUACGGAGGGACUGAAAAGGACGCGCUGAGACUUCGUCGUCGGAGUGAACCUUUAACAAGGAAGAAAUCGUCAAUGUCGUAUCUCAGUGCACGUUCCGAGACCGAUACUGCAGUGGCCACCGAUGGCGGCGACAAAACGAGCCUCACGUCGGCGGACAUAGAAACGGAGGAAAAGGACGCGUCUACGGCGGAACAGGAUAAAACGCCAGAGCCAACGGACGACGAGUAUGGAGAAGAUAAAGAGGCAGACGAGAAGAAGACGGAGGAAGAUGACCAAAAAGUAUCGAUCGCUACAUACUUGAAAUUCCUCAUAGUGAUGAUCAACAGUACCCUCACGUCGAUGACGAGAUACCUGAACAGAUUUUCCCGCGACUACAGAUACAUUCGCAAGGUUUUGACGAAAGAGAAGAAAGUACUGAAGGCGAAGCCGGAUUUCCGGAUGGGAAUGCGACUAGGUAUCAAUCAAAUGUGGCAGCCGAUCCCUCUGAUGAAAGGAUCGUCUAGCGGAAAUACCGAGGAAUCUUACGAUGCCGGCGAGGGUCCUAGCCAAUCACGGCCGCAGGAGCAGAGGAAACGCAGCUCGUUGACGAUCCCACAUAUCCGAAUUUUGGCACCGAGUUUGGAGAGAGGAUUGGAUAUGUCCUCCUCCAGCGCACUCUUCUCCGAAAUUUCGCCUGUCCAACACGAGGACGAAGGCGGUCAAUUGUCUGAAGUCGAUCAACCACCGAUAAUACAAUUAUUGGCUUCUAUUUGGUUUGGAAUCUUGGCGCAUUCGUGUCUGCUCUGUUACUUCGUGGUGUUCCUUCAUCAGAUUAAAAACGCGUCUGUUCUUUCUACACCUCUGCCUCUCAUGGUGUUCUGCUGGGGCUCGUUGACCAUCCCACGACCGUCGAAAACGUUUUGGAUAACGCUGAUCGCGUACACCGAGGCAAUCGUGAUAGUAAAAUGCAUUUUCCAAUUGGAAGUGUUGCCCUGGAAUCGAGAAGCUUCGCCGAAUAAUCCUUUAUUUACACCUAGAAUUAUAGGGGUUGAACGCAAGCAUAAUUACGCCCUGUGGGAUCUGCUAUUGCUUCUCAUGGUGUUCUUUCACAGAUUUAUGCUCAAGUCAUUAGGCCAGUGGACCUCUCCGACCCUGAAACCAAGGAAGAUCAUUCCUUCCACUUUGACUGUAGUUCCGUUAAAACUUCCACGGCCAGAAAAUAGAGGUCAAGGGGAAUCUACAUCGCUGGAGGACGAGGAAGCCGUUGUGAAAACUCCCAGAGGAAGAACUUUGAGCCUGGCCGCAGGCCAAGGUGAAAGCGCGCAAGCCACGGACGAAUAUGAAAAAUUAGUGGCGGUUCAAGGAGAGGAAGUCAGUCCCAUGCAGGAAGAAUUCAACAAAGCCAUGAACAUGACCGUUAAAAAAUACAAGGAACCAGUGAAGAACUUCUUUGAAAAAAUCCUCAGUCCUCACGGCAAAGAAAAGACGAACGUGUACGCCUACAUGUUCCUCUGUGAUUUCUUUAAUUUCUUGCUGCUCAUUUUCGGAUUUUCCGCAUUUGGAACACAGCAGGGCGAUGGUGGUGUAACAGCCUAUUUGCAGGAAAAUCGAGUUCCUAUGCCGUUCUUACUCAUGUUAUUACUGCAAUUUGCAUUGAUAGUUAUCGAUAGAGCCUUGUUCUUAAAGAAGUCAAUCGUGGGCAAACUAAUUUUCCAUUACUUCCUUAUAUUCGGCGUUCACGUUUGGAUGUUUUUCAUUCUACCAAGUGUCACCGAACGACAAUUCAACGAGAGGUUUCCACCGCAAAUUUGGUACAUGGUCAAGUGUUUCUAUCUUUUACUAGCGGCUUAUCAAUUAAGACAAGGCUAUCCGACACGAAUACUUGGCAAUUUCCUGUGCAAGAAAUACAGUAUCGUCAACUACGUCUUAUUCAAAGGAUUCAUGUUAGUCCCAUUCUUAUUCGAAUUAAGAGCGGUGAUGGAUUGGAUCUGGACAGACACUUCCAUGACAAUAAUGGACUGGUUCAAAAUGGAAGACAUUUUCGCAAAUAUCUAUCAAAUCAAGUGUAUGCGAGGCGUAGAGUCGGAUUUCCCUCAACCACGGGGCGUAAAGAAGCAGCAAAUGAGCAAGUACUUGGUCGGCGGUGGUGCCCUGUUCUUCAUGAUCGGAUUAAUAUGGUUCCCCUUGCUCUUAUUUGCUCUUGGUGGCACAGUUGGUGUCUCUAAUCUGCCCUACGACGUUUCAAUGAGGAUCCGAAUCGGUCCUUACGAACCGAUUUACUCUAUGUCAGCGCAAAGUAGUUCCAUCAUUGAAUACAACGAAGCCGAGUUCACGAGAUUUUCGAAUUUGUACGCGAGAGACAGACCUGCCGUCACGUUCUUGGAGAAUUACAUACACUCGGAUGUCGCUGCUGUGAAAUUGAGCGGGUUCUCUCGAAAAUUGUGGAGUAUAUCUCCGCCAGAUUUAGAAAGACUGAUAACAGAGUUAGAAGAUAAUAGCACAACCGUAGUCGUUCAUGUGGAAUGGACAGUGUCUCGAAAGACGGACGCGAAAGACGCCACUGGGAUAACGACAAAGGUGCGAGACAUAAAAUUGCCACCGUAUGAAAAUAACGAAUUUAAUCCUGUGAGAAGAACGUUAGCUGAUAUGCUCUCUAGCAAUGAGUCGACGGUGCAUAACGGCACCAUUAUGUUGCAACAUGCGUUCCCAAAGUUUUUGAAGGUGACUGGUCGAACCAUUAAUCUAGUACCGCAGUUGAUGCGUAUGCCAAGAUGGCUUGACGACGAUGUUGAGGAGGAGGACCACAAUUAUCUGUACAGGAACAUUAGUCUUCAUUUGUCUACAGACGCGGACUGUUGCGCUCGACAGAAAUGGUGGAUCGUAAAAGAAGUCUGCAACGACACUUUAUACGAUCAAUUGUUAAAAAGAGUGCCGUUGAAUAAUUGCAAGUAUAUUAUGAUGUUCCUGUUCAACGAUAAAACGUUCCCCGAAGGAUUGAGCUUCAUCAGUGGGUUUGGAAUCUUAGGUUUGUACACUACCGCGGUGAUAGUGAUUAGUCAAAUGAUGAGAAAGAUAGUGAGUGACAUGGCGCCAAAGAUUAUGUUCGACGACUUACCGUACGUCGAUAGAAUUCUAAGAUUAUGCUUAGAUAUUUAUUUAGUCCGUGAGAGCGGAGAGCUGUGCCUCGAGGAGGAUUUGUUCGCCAAAUUAAUAUUCCUCUACAGAUCGCCAGAGACGUUGAUCAGGUGGACAAGGCCUCCCGAAGAAGGGGAGAGGACUGAUAACGAAGAUCAAGAUGAUGCAGAUGAGGAUGCUGUUGCAGCAAGGGGAGAAUCAAAUGUUUAAUUAUUAAAUAUUUCUGAGAACAACAUUAAUUGAGACUAUUGAGGCAAUUUUCAAAGGGACUAGAAUUAAGUUUGUCCUUUGGCCAACGACUUUUGUUGAAUCAAAAACUUUAAAACAAAUUUAUUAAUCAUUCGAAACAGAAUUUGUUAAGGAAAGAAAUUUUUAGGAUACCAUCUUCCUAAUGUAGUAAUGUUGGAUAAUGGAGACAAUAGUUGACUCACUUAUGAAGAAGUGACACAAAAAACGGUCCAAAAAAUUGGAGUAACUCAGGAAUUCAUUACAACCAUAUUUGUUAGAGAAUUGAUUGAAAGAUUGUUCCUAUCUUCGAAUAUGUAUAUUAUAAAAAAUAGGCAAAUAACGCGAAGAGAAAGAGAAAAGAAUAUAAAUCAAAAUAGGAAAAAUUAAUGAGAAGACCUGAGAAUUAUACGAUAGAAUUAUUUAUUUUUCGCAAUUGUACUUUUAAUUAAUUAAUUUUACUAAUCUUUAUUUUAAUAUCUACCGGCAAAGAAACUCGAAUUCCUUCAUAUUCAACGAUAUGAAAAGUAUUGUGAUUGUGAAGUGUCAGUGAGAUGCUUUUGAAAUAAGUGCAUUAUAGAAUUAAGCGUCUACGAAUAAGUGCUUUCUUUUUACUUCUUAUUUAUUAGAUUUCAUGCCUAAAUUGAAGUAUAUUUUUAACGCAUUUAAGAUUGCAUCAUGGGUAAGAACACACCUCUCUUAAAAUGUUAAAACCUCCGAAACUGCCGAUUGCAAGAUCUUUCGUUCAUUUUUAUACGUUUUUCUAAUCGUCAAUUCAUUCAACUAUAAUCCAUGAACAAUUAUCUGAUCAUUUUGCCAAAUUUCGAGCGCAUUUUAUAUAUUACACAUAUGUAACGAAGAUCUUGGCAUCAUUGAUUGUAAAUAUACAUUGUACCAUGUGCAUCUUUGUUCAGACAUUGUAUCAUGUCGCCUUAAUAUGCCUUUUAAAAAGUAUCUUCGAAUACACGUAAAUUGUUUCAAAUGAGUA